AUGGUAGAAACUCAGACGGGCAGAAAGAUCAAACGUCUCCGAACAGAUAAUGGAGGAGAGUAUACAAGUGAUCCUUUUAUGAAAGUCUGCCAAGAUGAAGGUAGAAGACAGGACACAAAUGGAGCUUCACAGCAGGUGGAGCAUUCUCUCAAACAGAUGCAGUUUGAUAGUAGUAGAUGUACUGAACCAACAGUAGAUCAGUAUGAUAAAUCUACUCCUAUAGAAGAAGAGGAGUUAGAAGAUGAAUCAGGUGAUGAAGUAGAGGUUCCAGCACAAGAACCUCCAUGGCAACAUGAGUCAAUUGCAUUGAGUAAGCCAAAGAGGAACACUAGAAAACCUGCUCAUUUUGAAGAUUUUGUAACCUUUGUAUCUUCAAAUGUUGAUGUUUCGACCACCUAUAUUGAAGCUAUACAGAGCUCUGAGGCAGAUAAGUGGAAUAUGGCUAUGGAGGAAGAAAUGCAAUCCCUUGAGAAAAACCAGACGUGGAAGCUAGCUAGUCUGUCUAAGAAAAUAAAGGAUGAGAAGUUUGAUAUGAAUGUGGUUGGAUAUUGUGAUUCUGACUACGCAGGUGAUAUGGACAAACGUCGGUCAACUACUGGUUUUGUGUUUACACUUGCAAAAGCACCAGUUAGUUGGAAGUCUACUUUGCAGUCAAUGGUUGCUUUACAACAGAGGCAGAGUAUAUAG